AUGUCUUCUGAAGGCUACGGUCACUCGUCCGAGCUGCCUACACAUACCGACAUGUCUACCACCGACGACUUUGCUCCUGCUCCUACCACCAAUGGGACCAGUGAGCCGACCUUGAAGGAUGCUUUUGUCAACAACGCUGCCUCGGCGGUCAACACCGUGACAGAACAUCCCAUCACUCAAAACAUCGUCAAUGGUCCCGUAGCGACCUCUGUUAAGGACCAUACUGCGGCCACCAAAUCCGAGUUCAGCGAUCUGGCCAAUUCCCGACAACCUCCUUCGUACACUGCUGCCAACGAUACUACUCUGACGCACUACCAUUCCUUUUUCUACACCUUGUUGAGCUGGAAGAACAAGCGCGCCACCGGUAUUACGUUUGCCUCCGUCGUUGCCUUUAUCUUUGCUUGCCGCUACCUGCCUAUCAUUCGAUACGUGAUCAAGAUUACCUGGAUGACUCUUGGUGUGGUCACGCUUGCCGAGGCCUCGAGCAAGGCGUUGAUGGGCUCCAGUGUGGCCAGCUCGCUCCGGCCUCGACGGUACUACAAGAUUCCCAAAGAGUCCCUGGAAGCUUCUCUCGAUGACCUCGAAAAUCUGAUCAACUUCUUCGUUAUCGAGAUCCAACGCAUUGUCUUUGCCGAGAACGUCCCGGUAACUGCGGCUGCUUUCUUGAGCGCCUUCUUGACCUACUAUCUCAUCAAAAUUGUCCCGUUCUGGGGCAUGGCCUUGAUUGCUACCUGCGUCCUCUUCCUCGGUCCCCUGAUCUACAUCGAGAACAAGGAAUUCAUUGACGCUCAUCUUGAGCACGCCGGAAAUGUCAUUGGUCAACAGACGACCCAGAUUCGCGACUUGACCGCUCAACACACCAGCAAGGGUCUCGACACGAUGAAGCAAUACACUGGGACAUACGCCGCCAAGGCUCAAGAGAUGGUUGGAAGUGCUCGUCAGAGGAUCCCUUCUCCCACCACCGGCAAGGCUCCAGUCAAGGAAGGUGAUUUCCCCUCGGCGCCCCAGACAGACCUCCCAGCUACUUCCGGCGAACACCGCCAGGCCGAACCCAUCACUUCUUGA